AUGGAGAACCGGCGCCUGCCCUCCUACGGCCGCCUCUUCGGCCCCUCGGUGCCCGGGUACCGGGCGCUCCCCGGCAGCCCCCUGGGCCGGCUCCGGGCCCCCCGCAGCCCCCAGCUGAGCCCCCGACCGGGCUCGGCCAGAGUGGACUUCGCGCUGGCCGCGGCGCUCAACUCCGAGUUCAGGGAGACGCGCAGCAGCGAGAAGGUGGAGAUGAUGGAGCUCAACGACCGCUUCGCCAGCUACAUCGAGAAGGUGCGGCUGCUGGAGCAGCAGAACAAGGCGCUGCUGCUGGAGCUGAGCCAGGAGCGGCAGCGGGAGCCCUCGCGGGCUGACAUCUACCGGGAGGAGCUGCGGGAGCUGCGGCGCCGCGGGGAGCACCUGGCCACCGCCAAGGCCCGACUGGAGAUGGAGAGGGACAACCUGGCCGAGGAGCUCGGCAGCCUCCAGCAGAAGCUGCAGGACGAGGUGACCCUGAGGCUGGAGGCUGAAAGUAACCUGGCUGCCUACAGGCAGGACAUGGACAAUGCUGCCCUGGCUCGCCUGGACCUGGAGCGGCGCGUGGGGACCCUGCAGGACGAGAUCGCCUUCCUCCACAAGGUCCACGAGGAGGAGCUGCGAGAGCUGCAGGAGCAGCUGGCCCAGCAGCGGGUGCACGUUGAGGUGGACGCGAGCAAGCCGGACCUGGCGGCCGCCCUGCGCCACAUCCGCAGCCAGUACGAGGCCAUGGCCACCAGCAAUGCCCAGGAGACCGAGCAGUGGUACAAGUCCAAGUUCGCAGACCUGACGGACGCGGCCGCCCGGCACGCCGAGGCCCUGAGGGUGGCCAGGCAGGAGGCCAACGAGUACCGGCGCCAGCUCCAGGCCCUCACCUGUGACCUGGAGGCUCUGCGGGGCUCGAAUGAGUCCCUGGAGAGGCAGCUGCGGGAGCUGGAGCAGCGCUAUGCCCUGGAGACGGGCAGCUACCAGGACACGGUGGGGCAGCUGGAGGGGGACAUCCACAGCCUCAAGGAGGAGAUGGCCCUGCACCUGCAGGACUACCAGGACCUGCUAAACGUCAAGCUGGCCCUCGACAUGGAGAUCACCGCGUACCGCAAGCUGCUGGAGGGAGAGGAGAGCAGGAUCACCAUCCCUGUGCAGAGCUUCUCCAGGCUGCAGAUCCGAGAGACCAGCCUGGACACCAAAUCUGUGUCAGAAGCUCACGUGAAGAGAAGCAUCGUGGUCAAAACUGUGGAGACCCGAGAUGGAGAGGUGCUGAAGGAGCCCAAGCAGGAGCCCAAGGAGGUGCCGUAGCGCGGGGAGCCGCAGCAGCCGCAGCUCCCGCGGGAGCCCCGGGCCGAGCACCGG